AUGGUGUUGCUGAGCCCCUCGGUUUGCGCACUUAAGACUUUGUUAAAGAUUUGUGAGAGCUAUGCGGGGAUCCACGGCCUCAGGUAUAAUGCUGAUAAGACUGAGCUACUAAUUUUUAAAGCCGGCACAAAAACCUAUAACAUAGUACCACCCAUCGAAUUAGGAGGCGUGCAGUUAAAAUUGGUAACUCAGUUUAAGUACCUGGGCCAUUGGGUCACCGCCUCACAAAACCACGACCUGGACCUGGAGGGGGAGCGCAGGGCGCUAUCAGUGAGAAGUAACAUGUUGAUCCGCAGGUUUGCAAAAUGCACAACAAGUGUUAAGCUAACCUUGUUCAGAGCUUACUGUCAAUCGUUUUAUACUUGCAGCCUGUGGGUCAACUACACAAAGAAAGCAUUUAGCGCCCUGCGUGUCCUCUAUAAUAACUCGUUCAGGAUGCUGAUGGGGCUGCCGCGCUACUGCAGUGCAUCGGGGAUGUUCGCGGAAGCACGCACGGACGACUUCCAUUCAAUAAUGCGUAAGCGAGUCGCAACCCUAAUGCGACGCGUGCGCGGCAGCGCCAACAGCCUCCUAAGGACGAUCGCGGAGGCUAAUGACAGCCCCAUAAUUGGCCACUGGGCAAAGUCGCAUGCGUCGUUUGCUAAUUUCGAUAAGUGA